CUCGUCGCAUACCAUACAGAGGUGGAGGGCUUGUUGUUCUCAGCUCUCCGCCUAUUAGAGGAUACCCCUAUUGUUUCUGAAAAUGCUGACCAGGACCCACACUUCCAGCAAAAAUCCCUCUAGCCCUACAACAGCUGCAAACGCAGGAGCAGAAGCAGCAGAUAAGUGUUUUGAUAAACUGCAAGAUGGACAAGGCUUGCAGUGCCCCCAGAACUGCUGAUACCAAAUGCCUUUAAGAUACAGCCUUUCCCAUCCUAAUCUACAAAGGAAACAGGAAAAAGGAACUUAAAACUCCCUGUGCUCAGACAGAAAUGAGACUGCCACAGCCUGCUUCGUUGCUGUUCUUUCUUGUGUCUGACUUGUAAACAAGAGCCUGUAGAACAUGCAAAUGGAAAGUCACGAAGCUCUGGGUUUCUGAAGGGAUCCUUGGGGCCUCAUGCACGCCUGUGGAUGCUGGAUGGAGAAAUUUGGCAAAGCAUGGACUCUUUAGCUAGCUUAGUUCUCUGUGGACUCUGCUUGCUCCUGUCUGGAACAGUGAAAGGUGCCAUGGACUUGAUCUUGAUCAAUUCCCUACCUCUUGUAUCUGAUGCUGAGACCUCUCUCACCUGCAUUGCCUCUGGAUGGCAACCUCAUGAGCCCAUCACCAUCGGAAGAGACUUUGAAGCCUUAAUGAACCAGCACCAAGAUCCACUGGAAGUUACCCAAGAUGUGACCAGAGAAUGGGCUAAAAAGGUCAUUUGGAAGAGAGAAAAGGCUAGUAAGAUCAAUGGUGCUUAUUUCUGUGAGGGACGAGUUCGAGGACAGGCAAUAAGGAUAAGGACCAUGAAGAUGCGUCAACAAGCUUCCUUCCUCCCAGCUACUUUAACUAUGACUGUGAACAAGGGAGAUAAUGUAAGUAUAUCUUUCAAAAAGGUGGUAAUUAAAGAAGAGGACGCCGUGAUUUACAAAAAUGGCUCCUUCAUCCAUUCUGUGCCCCGGCAUGAGGUCCCUGAUAUUUUAGAAGUGCGCCUGCCACAUGCUCAGCUGCAAGAUGCUGGUGUGUACUCAGCCAGAUACAUAGGAGGCAACCUCUUCACCUCAGCCUUUACCAGGUUGAUUGUCCGGAGAUGUGAAGCUCAGAAGUGGGGCCCUGACUGUAACCGUCUGUGCACUGCUUGCAUGAACAACGGUGUCUGCCAUGAAGAUACUGGGGAGUGUGUUUGCCCCCCUGGAUUUAUGGGAAAGACAUGUGAGAAAGCAUGUGAGCUGCACACAUUUGGCAGAACUUGUAAAGAAAGCUGUAUUGGACCACAGGGAUGCAAGUCUUAUGUCUUCUGUCUCCCAGACCCCUAUGGGUGCUCCUGUGCCACAGGCUGGAAGGGACUGCAGUGUAAUGAAGAAUGUCACCCUGGUUAUUAUGGGCCAGACUGUAAGCUUAGGUGCCGUUGCACAAAUGGCGAGAUCUGUGAUCGGUUCCAAGGAUGUCUCUGCGCUCGAGGAUGGCAAGGCCUCCAGUGUGAGAGAGAAGGAAGGCCAAGGAUGACUCCAGAGAUAAAAGACUUGCCAGACUACGUAGAAGCAAAUAUUGGCAAAUUUAACCCCAUCUGUAAAGCCUCUGGCUGGCCACUACCUGCUAAUGAAGAAAUGACCCUGGUGAAGCCGGACGGGACAGUGCUCCAGGUAAGAGUGACUCUUAACCCCCUUCUGAUGCCGUCAUGUGGUUUCAGUGCAGAACUCUUCUUGGCAAAGGCUGUAUUUCACUCAGGACUUUAUCUUCUCACCAUCCAGUGUGUUGCUCGCUUUGUGGAAGAGCCAUUUUCCAGGGAAUGCCAAGUUCUUCCAAAGCCCCGAAAUGCCCCAAAUGUGAUGGACAUUGGACACAACUUUGCUGUCAUCAACAUCAGCUCCGAGCCUUACUUUGGGGAUGGACCGAUCAAAUCCAAGAAACUCCUGUACAAACCAGUUAAUCAUCAUGAGGGCUGGAGACACAUUCAAGUGACAAAUGAGAUUGUUACACUCAACUAUUUGGAGCCUCGGACAGAAUAUGAGCUCUGUGUGCAGCUGGUCCGUCUUGGAGAGGGUGGAGAAGGGCACCCUGGACCUGUGAGGCGGUUCACAACAGCGUCCAUAGGACUCCCUCCUCCCAGAGGGCUCAGUCUCCUACCAAAAAGUCAGACCACAUUAAAUUUGACCUGGCAACCAAUAUUUCCAACCUCAGAAGAUGAAUUUUAUGUGGAAGUGGAGAGGAGGUCUGCACUAAUAAAGAGUGACCAGCAGAGUAUUAAAGUGCCAGGGAACCUGACUUCAGUGCUACUUAACAACUUACACCCCAGGGAGCAGUACAUUGUCCGCGCUAGAGUCAACACCAAGGCCCAUGGAGAAUGGAGCGAAGACCUCACUGCUUGGACUCUUAGUGAUGUUCUUCCUCCUCAACCAGAAAACAUCAAGAUCUCCAACAUCACAGACUCCUCGGCUGUGAUUUCUUGGACCAUAGUGGAUGGCUAUUCCAUUUCUUCCGUUAUCAUCCGUUAUAAGGUUCAAGAUGAACAUGAAGACCAGCACAUUGAUGUGAAGAUCAAGAAUGCUACCAUCACUCAGUAUCAGCUGAAGGGGCUCGAGCCUGAAACGGCUUAUCACGUGGACAUUUUUGCUGAGAACAAUAUAGGGUCAAGCCACCCAACCUUAUCUCAUGAACUGAUGACCCUCCCAGAGUCUCAAGUCUCAGCAAGCCUUGGAAGUGGGAAGAUGCUGCUGAUAGCUAUCCUUGGCUCUGCUGGGAUGACCUGUUUGACGGUGCUGUUGGCCUUUCUGAUCAUGCUGCAACUGAAGAGGGCAAGCAUCCAACGGAGAAUGGCCCAAGCCUUCCAAAAUAGGGAAGAACCAGCUGUGCAGUUCAACUCAGGGACUCUGGCCUUAAACAGGAAGGCCAAGAACAACCCGGAUCCCACAAUUUACCCGGUGCUUGACUGGAAUGACAUCAAAUUUCAAGAUGUGAUUGGAGAGGGCAACUUUGGCCAAGUUCUUAAGGCCCGCAUCAAGAAGGAUGGGCUACGGAUGGAUGCCGCCAUCAAGAGAAUGAAAGAAUACGCCUCCAAAGAUGACCACAGGGAUUUUGCAGGGGAACUGGAGGUGCUCUGUAAACUUGGAAAUCAUCCAAACAUCAUCAAUCUCUUGGGAGCCUGCGAACAUCGAGGCUACUUGUACCUGGCCAUUGAGUACGCCCCCCAUGGAAACCUCCUGGACUUCUUGCGCAAGAGCCGUGUGCUAGAGACCGAUCCUGCCUUUGCUAUCGCCAACAGCACGGCUUCCACACUGUCUUCACAACAGCUUCUUCAGUUUGCUGCAGAUGUAGCCCGGGGGAUGGACUAUUUGAGCCAAAAACAGUUUAUCCACAGGGACCUGGCUGCCAGAAAUAUUUUAGUUGGUGAGAACUAUCUAGCCAAAAUAGCAGAUUUUGGAUUGUCCCGAGGUCAAGAAGUAUAUGUGAAAAAGACAAUGGUGAGUUGUUCAGUUGCCUGGCUCUUGGCAAAGGAACCUGAGCGUGCAGUCUUUGAUUCAUGGUUCUGCAUCUGUUCCUGCAGGUGGUCAUAUGGUGUGUUGCUGUGGGAGAUCGUCAGCUUAGGUGGCACGCCCUACUGUGGGAUGACAUGCGCAGAACUCUACGAGAAGCUGCCCCAGGGCUACAGGCUGGAGAAACCCUUGAACUGUGAUGAUGAAGUGUAUGAUCUAAUGAGACAAUGCUGGCGGGAGAAACCUUAUGAGAGGCCAUCGUUUGCUCAGAUAUUGGUGUCUUUAAACAGGAUGUUAGAAGAACGAAAGACCUAUGUGAACACCACGCUGUAUGAGAAGUUUACCUACGCAGGAAUCGACUGCUCGGCUGAGGAAGCAGCGUAGGAUGAAAAAUCUCCCUCUGUGCAGCCUGGCUUUCCUUCACCUGCUAAGCAAGCAGGCAAACCUGUGUGCAGCGAUGUGAUAUAGAAGUGUACACGUACUGCUGUAUGUCUGGGACCUUCAACCCAAAGCCCCGUGUGGAUCAAUAGAUUGCUCAGAUUCUCAAAGGACUGUAUAUACUGUUUCGAGUCAGAAUGUGCUGGAAUCAGAAGGCUUAUUUGUGAUUUCAUACGCAAUAAUAUAUUUUUCUAAAAGUGAAGAUUUCCUAGGGAGUGUGAAUACAUUUACCACUAUAAUGUGUAACUUUUUCUUUGAUAUUUUUGAUACUUACCUUUAUAAUUGAAUGCUAUAAUGUGUUUUUGCUAUGUAGAAGUAAACUGUUGUUAAUAAACAUAACAAUUGCCAUGACAGUGAAGGUUAGGAAAGGGAAAUACGUGAAUUUGAACAGGGUAUGGGUUAAUAUUCAAGAGGCUGAAUAAUUCAAGGGUGUAAAAGAGAUAAUUUUAUCCAAAUUUUGUCCCUUACCUGUGGAAGCUGGCCAAAUUUUAUAAGACAGUAUGACAGUUUUGUCUUGCUUUUACAUUGCUCACAAUUCAGUCCAGAUGCUGAUGUAUCAAACAAUGAUAUAGAAGCCUCAGAAUCUUUAGGGAAAUAAUAAAGUUAUAUUUAUUAGUGGGAUUUACCUUUUAUUUCCCUGGUAAUUUUGACUUCCAUAUUUUAAGAAAUAAAAAAAAAAUAAAGACAGGAAGAACACUUGGGAGACAUAUGACAUUUACUGAAGUAACACCAUGUACUACACAUUGUAACGUUUUAAUUGCGAUUGUUGUGAGUUUACCAUUUAUACUAUAGGCACAUGUUGCACUGAGAUAUUUUAAGUGAAUAAAUUUCUUGUCUACUCAUUUUA